AAGGCUAGUCAGAGUGUUAUGUGGCUCGCUGACCAGUUCAGCUUGCUAGCUACACUAUGCAUAGACAAUCAUUUAACAUUUAACGUAAUUUUAAUAUAAUAUUUCGUGUAAUGGCGCGUAUACAGCAUAGUUUGGGGAAAUGUGUUUCGCUAGCACGUCAGCGUCAGUUUUUCAGCUGCUUGAUAGCCCAUUAAGGAAGCCGAGUGUUUACUCCCAACGUAGCUAGUUACACAAGCUAACAGUCCAAACCAGUUAGCUGUCUUUGUACUCAUGAACUACAAAUUGUAAACUUUAAUUUCAGUUAUUGCAAUAUGGACACAAAUGUGCAAAAGCGACGUGAAAAGAAGUCAUUGCGUGUGAAAGUUAUCAGCUUGGGGAACGCUGAAGUCGGGAAGAGUUGUAUCAUUAAACGCUAUUGCGAGAAGAGGUUUGUCCCCAAAUACCUGGCCACGAUUGGAAUUGACUAUGGGGUGACCAAGGUUCAAGUCCGUGACCGGGAAAUCAAAGUGAACAUUUUUGAUAUGGCUGGACAUCCUUUCUUCUAUGAGGUACGCAAUGAGUUUUACAAAGACUCCCAGGGGGUGAUUCUGGUGUAUGAUGUGGGACUGAGGGAGAGCUUUGAUGCCCUCGACAGCUGGCUGACAGAGAUGAAGCAGGAGAUGGGCUCUCAGGCCAACAUGGAGAGCAUCGUCUUUGUGGUCUGUGCCAACAAGGUGGACCUGACGAAGAGGAGGGUGGUGGAUGAAAGCGAGGGCAGACUGUGGGCAGAGAGUCGGGGCUUCCACUACUUUGAAACAUCCGCGCAGAGUGGAGAAGGCAUCAAUGAAAUGUUUCAGGCCUUCUUCUCCUCUAUAACAGACAUGUGUGAAAACGGAGGGAAGAGGCCAACACUGGAGGUCAACGUCGGCUUCACCAAGGAGCAAGCAGACACCAUCCGCCGCAUCCGCAACAGCAAGGACAGCUGGGAUAUGCUGGGGGUCAAGCCUGGGGCCACCAGGGAGGAGGUGAACAAAGCCUACAGGAAGCUGGCCGUACUUCUCCACCCAGACAAGUGUGUGGCGCCAGGCAGCGAAGAUGCCUUCAAGGCCGUGGUGAACGCUCGCACCUCGCUACUCAAGAACAUCAAGUAGGGUUGCAGAAACGUCUUUCCCAGUUCUCCUCCCAUCCUCUGAACGCGCCUCAGAAUUACUGUCCAAGAGCAGGGGUGGGGGGGUGGGGGUCUGCCAUUUUUUUUAUCCACGACAGAAAACCACCAUGGAUGUGCCACAAUUACUUUCAUGUCUCAAAGGUUGAUUUUUGUUAUGUUAUUUCAGUAAAUAUUGAAUUAAAGCCUAACUAUUAUGCCUGUUGACAUGUUAAACUUAGCAUCCAUUUUAUUUAACUGUAAAAUAAGGACGGUUACUCUUUAAAGGAAACCAGGGACAAUACCUGAUAGCCAUUUACAUCUGCUGAGACUGUUAUCAUUACCUUCUACAAGUUUGGGCCUUCCUAGGGAGAGAGUACAAAUGAGAAAGAUGGAUACAUCUGCAGUGUUGCCCUGUUGUGUGGAAGUUAAUGAUUGAACCGUUUAUUGUUGGGCUCAUUAAAAAACAAAAGGGAUUUUUUUUUUUUUUUGCUGGUAGCGUGUAAUCUACAGCAUUCAUAACUGAAUGAGUGGCAAGUGUAUCAUGCACUGAAUUGUUCACUCUACAUUCAGUCAAGCAGUUUGGCCUCUAAAUGAUUCUGAAUUGCCUGACUGUGUUACAUCUUGGCCGUCUAAGAAAAUUGCAUCCUGGUUCUUAGCAACAGACAGAUUGGCCACUGAAUUCAAGACAUUUGUGUUAAUGGCAUUGACACUGACUGCUUCGGCAGAAGAUCUCUGAUGGGUAUUUCAGCGACCUAUGUGUGACACAAGCAUGAGAUCAUGGAAGGCUGCGGGAUGCAAGACCACUGCAGCACCAAUAGUCUUAGCUGCAGAUUGCCCUCAGUGUGUAUGGGCUUAAAGCAAUCCUUUCCUAAAGGUCCAAAGACCUUCGUGUCCACCCAUCCUUUCACCCGAUUAGCCAGACCACUCACACAAAUACUGUGUAAUGAUUUCCUGAAUUCCAGCCACCAACAAUGAUUUCCUUUUUCUUUUUGUCUUGUUUGGUGACCACAAGACUGUGCUUGUGGAAGUAGGCAUUUUUGUCUGUUAAUCGUUGUUGGUGUUCAUAUGUACAGUAAGUACUACAAGGUUAUUUAAUUCAGAAUAUAUGCUUAUUUAUUGAAGAAAAAUAUAGCCUAUAUAUGGUGUGAAAUCUGUAUGAAUUGGUAUCGUGAUCUUGAACCACAAGUGAAUGAAAGACCUCUACACUUUUGCACGAACUCUACACAGAUGUGUAGUUACAAAGAUAUUCAUUUUAAAACUCUGAAAGAUGGUCAUCAUAGAACUUGACUUAAAAACUGCACUUUCACUCCAGACCUAAAUGUUUAAUUCAUAAUGGCAUCACAGUACUCUCCAGAUGCUAGUGUCUUCUCAAAAAAAGACUCAACACUCAAAUACUCAACUUUACACAGCUCUGAGAGAAAUUGCUUUAAAAGCUUAACUGUUUACAGAUGACAUAUCCCUUAUUAACUUGCAGACAUGCUAGCUCACCAGGUAGGAUUUAAAAUUAGCCUGUGAAAUCAUUGGGUCAUAAUUUGGUAGAAGUACCAUAGAAUUCCAGGCUUCCUGUUUCCUCCCCAAGUGGUGCCAACAAGGGAAUGUUUCCACAAUGUUUACAAUGAGCAACUAUUUCUACUCUCGGUACUGUUAAAUAAUGUUUUAAGAAGAGCUUCAUUAUUUCAUAUGAUGUGAAUGCACCAUAUCAUCCUGAUUUUUCUGUUUAAAAUAGUGCCAAAUGCUAGCCACCGGCUGACGUAGUGGCACUUGUUUGUACAAUAGUCCAGGCGAAGCACUACCAUAAAAUAUCUCUUUUUUUUUUGUAAGUUUGAUCCUUUUAUCUGAACGUGUUGGAAGAAGUUACAUAUCUCAGUGUGUUCUGUUUUAAUGAUUUGGAAUGAAUGUGUAUGCUGUAAAUACUAUCUAUUAAAUUUUACGUUAUCAAAAGUU